CUUAACUGUCAAAUAGGAAUUAGCUGUUUUGCCAUGAAUAAUUAAAUAUGAAUUAUUUUAUUUCUAUAAUUCCAAUGCAUUAAUAAAUCGAUAUGAUUUAAUGAAUUUCUUUUGACCCAUUGCAAUUUGCGUGCCUCCUAAUUUCUUUAUUAGCUAACUUAUUUCGUUACAACUAAUCAUAUACUUUGCCCUUGCUCGUAAUAAUGAGCGUAGUUGGAAAGAAGUGCGAAUCAAUAUCGCUUACUGAAACAAACAGAGACGAUUUAAUUCCGAGUGAAAUAACUCCCGACGACGUGUUACGGCUGAAUAAAAUAACAGAUACAUAUUUGUGCAGUCCUGAGGCAAAUAUAUAUGAUAUAGAUUUUACCCGGUUUAAGAUUCGUGAUUUGGAAACUGGUACAGUGUUAUUUGAGAUUGCGAAGCCUCCUACGGAUUUCGGUGUUGAUAAUGAAGGAGCUGAAGACGCUUCAGAGGACGCUCUUGAUCCCAAUGCUGGAAGAUUUGUGAGAUAUCAAUUUACACCACAAUUCCUAAAAUUAAAAACUGUUGGUGCAACAGUUGAAUUCACAGUAGGCGCUCGUCCAGUAAAUCAUUUCAGAAUGAUUGAAAAACAUUUCUUCCGUGAUACAUUGCUGAAGACGUUUGACUUUGAAUUUGGCUUCUGCAUUCCAUUUUCCAGAAACACCUGUGAGCAUAUUUAUGAAUUUCCAACACUGCCACCUGAUCUAGUUGAUGAAAUGAUUGCUGCACCAUUUGAAACUUGCUCAGACAGUUUCUAUUUCGUCGACAAUCAUCUGGUGAUGCAUAAUAAAGCAGAUUAUGCAUACAAUGGAGGAAUUAACAAGUAAAUGUGAUAUUCAGUUUAUUGACUAUUGGCACAGUUUUAUUGUACACAAAAUUUUAUGCAAAUUCAAACACAAAACUGUACGGAAUUUAGUUUACCUAAAUGGGUAGAACUUUUAUUUAGAAGUAAUUUUUGUGUAACAAAUAUUUUGUUUAAUACAUAUAGGCCUUUUUCAUUAUUUUGGUAGCUUAAGGAGAGCUCUGUGUUAUAUAGUGCCCUCCACCACAUUGCUACACUAAGGGCCUGUCCCACCAAAUUGUAACUUGUCUGGUAACAAUCCAAUGUGUAAAAUGUGUGAUGGAAAUAUCAGUUUUUGUUCCCUUAUCUGACAGUAACGUCAUUUUUAAGCUAUCUAAGCCUCUAUCAGCCAGUGAUUGGACACCCCAAAGUGUCAGUCCUAACAAAUUGUAAAUUGUCUGAUAACAAUUAAACAUCUAAAAAUAUGUGAUCGAAAUAUCGGAUUGUUACCUUAUCUGUCAGUUACAUCAUUUUUAAGAUAUCUGAGCCUCUAUCAGCCAGUUGUGGGACAGGACCUAAUUAUUGUAUUUUGUGAAUCAACUCUCGAUCUUCCGAUAUAUUUGAAAACCUAAAUUUAAAAUAUUAAAAACAUUCCAUAUUUGUGAUUUGUGAUACAUUCCAAUUUAUAAUAUUUUAACUUAAGUAAUAAAUGUCCACUCAAGCACUAAUGACUUAAUGUGUUCAAUUUUUACACGAGUGCUAUUUUACACUAUCUUUUAAUAAAAAGCACAAUGUUGAGAGAAAGUUAAAUGUAAUUGUCAUAAUAAUGAAAAGUUGAUUGAUUAAUUCUUAUCAUAUUUCUGUGAUUCAGUUACAUGUCUUUAGAGAAAUGUGACUCUUUCAAACAUAUUGUAAUUUUUUUUUUAUUUAAAUGGCAAUUAUUAACUGCUGUUAUCCCAUUGAUUGUAAGAACUGUGGGUAAUAGACUUUUGUAAUAUUCUUAAACUACCCACAAUAUUUUUUUCCUUUAUUGAUGUUAUUUGCAAGUGUGUGCAUUUUUUUUUAAUAAUGUAAAACUGAAAAAUUCAAUUCAAAUGUUCCACAUUUUAUUUUGUUUGAAU